UUGAAGGUGCGCAAUGGAAAGAUUGUCGAUGCACUUAGCGUGUUCUUCGACGAAAGACGAAGGGCAGAUAUACAAGUGGACUGCGAUGGUUUAAUCCUUUCACCCGGAUUCAUUGAUAUACAAAUUAACGGAGGAUUUGGUGUCGAUUUCUCGUCAUUGACGUCGUCAGAUGAGGAGUAUGAACAAGGUGUGCAAUUGGUGUCACGAAAACUUCUGCAAUAUGGCGUCACGUCAUUCGCCCCGACAAUCAUCAGCAGUGCACCGGAAGUUUAUUCUCGUGUUUUACCACUUCUGGCUCGUCGAAAUGGUAGUGCGGAAGGCACGGGUUUAUUGGGUGCACAUGUCGAGGGGCCGUUCAUUUCUCUUGAUAAGAGAGGAUGCCAUCCGAGGCAACAUGUAAGGGAUUUCGGAGAUGAUGCAGUGAGAUCAAUUGAAGAGGUUUACGGGAGCACUAAGAAUAUCGCCAUUGUCACGUUAGCCCCAGAGCUGCAAGGCAGUGGAAGUGCUAUCAAGUACUUCUGUGAAAGAGGAAUAAUAGUGUCAUUAGGCCACUCAUCUGCUGGAAUGAAAGAUGGUGAACGUGCUGUGAACCUAGGAGCGAAAUGUAUCACCCAUCUUUUCAAUGCAAUGCAAGGGUAUCAUCAUCGUGACCCAUUCUUGAUUGGUCUAUUAACAUCGAAAAUUAUGGAAGCCUGUGCAAUAUACUACGGUAUCAUUUCGGACGGUGUCCAUACUCACGACUCCGCAUUAAGGAUAGCACAUAGGACUAAUCCUGAUGGACUUAUUCUAAUUACGGAUGCAAUAGCAGCACUAGGAAUGGGCGAUGGUCGUCAUAAAUUGGGGGAUUGUAUUAUAAAUGUAACUCAUCUUAAUGCUGUUUUAGAAGGAACAAAUACAGUUGCUGGAAGCGUAGCCUCAAUGCCACAUUGCAUAGCACAUCUAGUAAAAGCGGUUCGAUGUCCCUUGGAAGAAGCACUGGUUUGUGCGACUGAAAAACCAGCAACACUGUUGGGAAUCCAAGCUCGCAAAGGUGUCAUAUCAUUGAAUGCGGAUGCUGAUUUUGUGUUGAUCUCGAAGGAUGUGGACGUACAUGCAACAUUUGUGUCCGGAAAGCUUGCUUAUGCCAAAAGAUCACAGUGA